AGAAGGCUGAGCCCUUGAGGAUACUCCUUCGAAAGACUGAGAAAUACUACUGGGAUUCUUCACAGGAACUCGCAAUGCAAGAACUUAAAGAUGAAUUUAAGGAGGGAGGACGCGUGCUGGGAGUGCCAUUCUUUGACGACGAAACCGAGAGACCCUUCAUAGUAUCCACGGAUGCUGGACCAUGUUCAGUGGGAGGUUUGCUGUCCCAGAAGGACGCAGGAGGGAAGGAGAGACCGUUAAGAUUCGAGAGCAGAACACUUAAUACGGCUGAGCGUAAUUACAGUCAGUUCAAGAAAGAGGUGUUAGCUGUUCUACGGUGUCUAGAUACGUUCAGACACUAUAUCUAUGGGCGACGGUUUAUCUUGAGAGUAGACCCUACCGCAGUUGCUUCAGUCCUCCAGAAGGACUUUAGUUUGACAGACCCGACCAUCGCCCGAUGGCUGAUACGGAUUCGUCUAUACGAUUACACAGUGGAAAGGAUAUCUGGCACUAAGAAUGCCGUGGCAGAUGGACUUUCGCAGAUCCCUCUUGAAGCCGAGCGCCCGAUAGUAGCUGGGGCUCUGACGCUGGCGGAGCCAAGACGCGCUGAGAGAUUUCUGGUUAACCUUUACGAGGGCAAGUACCGAGCGAUCGGGCUGCACCUGAUGGGUGAGGAGAGUCCAGAUUCAGAUAUUCGGAAGCAAGCUAUCAAGUAUUGCCUUAGAGCGGGCCACCUUUUCCGGAGACCUGUAGGGUCAGGGAUGCCCUUACGGGUGGUCUGUGAUUCUGAGGAGAGACAGAUAAUAGUUGCAGAGCUUCACGACGGGGUAGUCGGAGGACAUAGGGGAAUCAAAGGGACCUACGAAAAGGUACGCAGGCUGUACUGGUGGGAAGGACAGUAUAAGGACAUCGAGAGGUACUGUAUGACGUGCGAAGAGUGUCAGAAGAGAGCUCACGUGAGAUACAAAGAGCCGCUUCAUCMCUCCUAUCCGACCAGGCCAGGAGAGAAAGUACACAUCGAUCUAGUGAAAAUGCCGAAAGGAGUAGGAAAUAUGAACUAUGUCGUGAACAUACGAGACGAUUUCACUGGGUUCGUCGACGGUAAACCUAUCAGGAGUAAGGCAGCGAAGGAAGUAAAGAACUUCGUCCUUGAGUAUUUAUCUAGGUAUGGUUGCGUCGGCAAGAUAGUGAUGGAUAGAGGAUCGGAGUUCCUGGCUGACGAGGUUCAGGAUGUGUUCAAGAGAGCCGGGGCAAGAGUUUCGAUAGCCACAGUCUAUCAUCCACAGUCAAACUCGCCAGUAGAGAGAGGACACCAGACUCUGACAGCGUCUUUGUCCAAGUGGUGCAAGGGUAAGGACAGUGAUUGGCCACGAUAUUUUCGAUAUGCAAUAUGGGCGGACAACGUCACGGUCCGGGCUAGUACCGGAUACCCACCCUACACUUUGUGGUUUGGGCGACACUGCCCGCUUCCCAUAGAGUUUCACGUCGAUAGCUGGACAACCGUCGAUUGGGCGGAGGAGAUGUCCAGGGAGGAACUUAUAGCUGCUCGGACAAGACAGAUAGCCUAUGGCUUGGAAGAUAACCUCAUGACAGCGGCAGAUCGCCUGGCAGUGGAAAGAGACAAGGGUAAAGAGAGAUGGGACAAGGAUGUGAGAAUCAGGAGAGAGAAGGKGAGUGUAGGAGAUAUGGUBMUUCUCUACGAUGCCGCGCUUGAAAGGACUUGGACGGGAAAACUCGCCAACAGAUGGAUGGGGCCUUACAGAGUGGUUGAGGCACUUGACUGGGGAGCAUAUAUGAUAGCGGAGUUGGACGGAUCAAAGUGGAGAGACCCAGUGGCGAGAGCCAGGCUAAAGUUGUUUAGGCCCAGGCCCGAGGCCGCUUUGUCGUUAGCCGACCCGAAGGGGAAAGGAAAGGCCAAGAUGGAGGACGGAACUCCCCUGAGGCGAUAUGAGGCAGGAGAGAGUUCCAAGAAGAGGAAAAGGGUAAAAAACAGAAAGGUCAAAGAGUUGGCUCUAGGAAGAAAGAAGGGAUGGUUAUUCGUGCUUACGAGGGCCAAACGAAGAGUCCGCAUCCGACAGACUGGCGGUGUAGCACCCUUCUCGGGCCAACGACAGAACAAAGGGAGGAUCCUGCCAAGCCCGAGGACUCGGCGGGAAAGGAAAGUCAGGGAGCAUCCGCUUAGCCCCAGGACCAGGAACAGACUGAAACAUAAGGCAAUUAAACGCCAACUAGGGCGCCCUUUACGGGCCAUUAUCCUGAAGUUCGUCCGUUUCGUUUGACGUGAGGGAACUGGCCUCGACGGGGGCGUCGAGAAGUGGUCCGGGCUAACUGUCAGGCGGCCACAAGUAGU